AUGGCAGCUGUUGAACAUACCUUUCACGGUACAUGGGAGAUUGUUUCCUGUACAUUCGAAGGCAAAAAAGAAAUAUCCGGUUUAGAAGGGAUAAAAUUCCGUUUGGAUGAUACCAGUGAUAUAACGUGGUAUAAUGAUUUGGUUAGCCCCUUACCGGAAUCGAAAGACUGCGGCAGUUGUUGUGAUUCGGCCAGUGUUUUGUUUAGCUGUGAAACAUUUGAGGUCAAUGAGCAGAAUCCCCGGUUGAUAUUUGGUGCUUUUGCCGGUCAUAGUAUUGAGUUUAAUACGACAACUCUAUGUCCCUCGGAUACCCUGAUUCUCUACUGUGAAAAUUGGUAUGCCGUGGAAUGUAAGCGUUUAAAAGAAGGUCAAGCUGCGGGUCAAGAAAAGGAAUUUUCAUUUGGCGAAGCACUACAAGAAUCCUAUUUUACCGAUGUCAUAAUCAAAAGUUCAGAUGGAUGUGAAUACCAUGUCCACGCAGCCAUUUUACGCCUGAACGGCUUCGAUUGCAGUAUGUGUGUCCAUCAUAAUAGCACCAUAUCCAUACCUCAGGCUGUGUGUCGUACCCAAGAUAGUUUAAUGCCGAAAGAAAAUGCCAGCCUUCCAAAUUCGCCAAAUACCAUUAAAAUAUCCGUUACUUUACCUAGCACGGGCAGCAAUCAAAACGCAUCAUCAUCGUUGGAUGAUCAUCAGAAAUCUUUACCCCGCCUCAAUUUAUCACCCAUCUAUUUGCAACCACCCACAGAGUAUAGUGUCAAUAGUAGUACAACAACAACUGGAAUUAAAUCGCAGCAACAACAACAUCAUCACCACCAACAUCUCUCAUCCUCAUUUAAUUGCCUAUCCACAACGACUACGAAUAAAUCUCAACAGAAUGGUAGUAGUCAAAAUCUCUUAAAUAUCGAUGGUGGUAAUGGUAUGCGUCGUUUUCCACCCACCUCACAUUCCGACUCACAUCUGGAAGCGCAUAAACUCCAACCACAACCGAAAAAUAUAUUCAACUUCUGUCAAGAUCUGAUGAUGCAACAAACUUCGGAGGUGUGCAGCACGAGUGGUUGUAAUACACGAAGACCACCAUUAUCACCAUUUCGUGCACGUAGCCCAUCACCUUUUCCCAGUUCUAUGGAUACACCACCCUCUUCGCCUUUAACUCCCGUCGCAGUACUCUAUGACUUGCCGGCAUUUCUGCUGACACCGAUUUUACAUUGGCUCUACACGGAAUCACUGAUGCCCGAUAUGAGCGAAGAUGUUUGCGAGAAACUUAUCAAUUUCGCUGAAGCCCAACCAUCGCUAAUGAAGUUGGCCGAACCGGCUAAGAAAUAUUUGAAAAUGAUCAAGCUGAAGAAGUUUGUGGUCAAUAUCAUCAUGGAUCUGCAUAGCAUCUUAAAUCGUGUCAUACAAACCAUAAAUCCUGUAACAAUAUCACAUGAACCCGCCUUACUUUAUGCCACAUUUAAGGAUAGUUUAAGAGAAUGCUCUAUAGGAUGUGCCAAAAUUUUACAAUUUUGCAAUAUAUUUAUUAAGGAUGCCGCCGACAUAGCCCGCUAUCAAAAGAAUGAAAUUAUCAAAUAUGUACGGACACGAAUACCGAUAUUUAUGUCACAACUGCAUCAGCUGUUGCGUAACAUUUUGAAUGUAUUUUUAAGUCUAACGCCUGAUGAAAAAGAUGAAUUAGCUAAUUACUUAGUACCUGAGAUUGAAAAAACUUUAUUGAUUUUAACUAGUGUGAUAGAAGAAAUCAAAAAUUCUUUAGAGAAAAUGUGUAAAGACCUAAAAUGCUCACAUUUAGAUUUAUCGAUGAAAUAUGCCACAGAUGAUGCUGUUGCUAUGCAAAUACAAAAUAAUACCUUUAUAACGGCAAAUAAUCCUAUGGAUGAGACUUCGACGGUCACAACACUGUUUAGUCAGCCACCAUUGUCGCCCAGGCCACGCAGAGGACCACCUAUAGGUUUGACAUUGUAUGACAACCCAACGGAUAAGCAACGUUUAAUGAGUGCCGAAAAUGAUUUGAAAUUUGUUCUCUAUAUGUAUGAAGUGCGUAAGAUGCGCGAUAUUUAUGGACGAAUAUCGGCGGCCUUGGAUAUAAUACGGGAUAAGAAGACAACCUAUUGUGAAAUGGAUUUCUUAAGUAAACGCAGUACCAUCAAUCAAAAUCUAGAACAAUUAAUUGUGGAUAUUCCCACGUAUAUAUUGAUAAUGGAAAAUCUGGCAGAUCGCUUGGAAGAGAAACUGGGCUGGAAGGAAUUUAAAUUUUGUUUUAAAUUGGCAACGUCACAAAUUAAUGGAGUUAUAGUGAAAAUAUUUGAUCAUAAAUCCGCAUUGAAGGAUGCCAUGAGUCAGAUUUGCAAAUUAGUGCAAAAACAGGAAUUCACCCAUACCCUUAUAGAGCUGGGCCUUCUAGAGCCAUCAAAUAUUCUGGAGAGUGAAUUGAAAACAUUACAAAGUGAAGAUACAUUUGAGCUGACUUUGGAUCCAUUGGUAAUGGAACGUACACAUGAUUAUGACUACAAUAGUGUCAAGUUAAAUCUAAUUCGCCACCUGUGUGAACCUCCCAUAGCAGCCAGUAGUAAUCUAUCAAAAAAUGCUUUACGUCUUCUGCACUCUGCUCAAUUAUCGGAUAUGGAAUUUGAAGUUCAUAUGUAUGCACCACAGCAACAGGAAGCACAGCCUGCAGGACUUAAUGGCAUAAAUAAUAAAAAUGAUAUCGAUAUACAGCUGAUGGCAUCACAUAAAUCAUCAAUACAGGUGCAUACUUUUAGGGCGCAUCGUGUUAUUGUGGCAGCACGAUGUGAAUGGUUUAAGAAGGCCCUAAUGUCCGGCAUGCAAGAGAGCUUGACGAGAAAAAUCAUUGUCACCGAUUGUUCUCCGGUCAUUUUCCGACGCCUAUUGUUGUAUCUAUAUGGUGCUCCAAUUGACAAGACUGUGGGUCCUGAACAUAUCUGUGAAUUAAUGCUACUGGCAGAUAAAUAUUCCAUAGAUGACUUAAAGGAAUUGUGUGAAAAUACUUUAAAUUCUCAAAUAGAUGAACAUUCGGUAUUAUGCCUGUUGGGUAUUGCCGAUCAUUAUAUGGCCUCGGCAUUAAAAUCCAAGUGUCUUUCAUUUCUAUCACAAAAUUCACAUUUAACAAAGGCUGCUAUGUUUAAGGAAUUGUCACGGCCGUUGCAACUCGAAGUUAUGGACCUAAUCCAUUGGUAUGGUCGUGUAUCUGAACCAUGGUCAGAUACGGGUGGCUUCAAACCGCGCAGUACUUCCCGACACAGUCUCAAGAGCCCUUCAAAGCCCCGUUCACGUUCUAGAAAAUCAUCACCAUCCUUUAUGUGACACUGACUUUUAAGGCUUAGGGGAAA